AGCCUGGACUCGGAGACCUCUCCUAUCAAAUCCAAAGACCCCCCUCCAGCGUUCCUGCACACACAGACUCUUCCAGAUGGGAACUUUCGGCUCGACAGCGAGUCUGACGCCGAUCAGAGACAAACGCUACUCAGCGACGAUGUACCUGAGCAACAACAAGCGCUUAGGUUCCAUUCAGGUAGACAAGCUUCUCUACCCGACGUCCCCAACAGCUCAGGACCGUUGGGGCUCCACAGGCCAGUGUCUGACCCGGGGCUUCCAGGACAGUAGGCCCUGCCCCCCACCCCCCAACCUUUCUACCGUGACUGAAGGUCUUCUCUUAAGUUUGACUCAGGGUCUAAGAAAGAGACUGAAUAUGCAAAGGAUUAAAAAAAAACUGUAGAUUUUUUCUUCCAUUCCUUUCGAGAGGUUUUCUCAGCCCCGACUCUCCCAAAAGCUCUGAUUUAGAUGUACAAAAAUCCAUUUAUACCGAAGUAUUUAUACUCUAAAUUAUCAACUACGUGUAAAGCGGUCAUCUAUCGUGUACAUAGUUCUGAUAGAACACUGCCAGCAACAACCAAGCACCCGACGUGCUCUUUCUAGAUAUGCAUGAUUUUUUUUGUUCCCAUCUUUUUUCUUUUCCGUCGCAUGUUUCCGCACACGUUGCUGCAACUCACGAGGCAUUCAGGUGUGACUGGCAUGCUCACCGACAACCGUAGCUCAGUCUCAUUUUCUACAAAUCCCGCCUCCUAAUGGGGAACAAAGCUACUUGAAAAACUCUCUCCUGAGGCAUUUCUGUACUUCAAUCGAUCCUUUACUUUGUUUUUGUACACAAGGAGAUCCGUCUGUAUAUUUAGCGUGCCUACCGUCCACCACACUGCCACCACACAGAUUUUUAAAGAAACUAAAGUAAGAGGCUGCUGGACAUCCCAUWGCACACUGCGUUCGUCGGACUUUUGAGAGCAAUAAUGAGGGGCCGGUGCAGGAAACACACAGGGUCUCAGGAUACUUCAUGGUUCUUUUCCAGAGGAUUUCCAGAAACACGUCUGGAUCGAUAACAAGCAGCUCUUAACAGUCCUUUUGUUGUGGCAUCAUUCACAAAACUCACAUCAGUCAAAGACACUCACUUUAAGGAUUAGUAGAUUUACAAAUGUCUUUGUUACCAAGUUUAGCUUGAUAAAAGACAUUUGAGUCAAAGCUGUUUGGAAAUGAGUUGUUCUUUAGUUAUGUUUUAUUCAAAUUAAUAAUUUUCUAAACUUUUUCCUGGCAAAUCACUUCUUGACAGUGGAUGCAGCUAACCAAAACGUUAGCUUUGCUAACUCAUAAUCUGCUCACUAAAUGUAAAGCUUUGCUAAUGCUAAUCGACUAACUAAACAGCUAAAGUUAAACCAACCAACAUGUAAAAUAAAAUAAGAGGAAGCAAACAAAUAAAUAUUAGCAGAAGCUAAUGCUAACAGCUAAUCAC